AUGUGGACUCCGACGUUUCGUCUCACAGUCCCUCCUGCACCGUUCAGCAAGAACACGCAUGCGCAGGAAAAGGAGCCUAGCACGCUCGCUAAAGACCUCCUCCGCCCUCUUAUUGACCACGAGAGAAGACAACACAAAAAGAAAAGGCUUGUUCAGAGUCCUAACUCUUACUUCAUGGACGUUAAGUGCCCAGGCUGCUACAAAAUCACAACUGUGUUCAGCCAUGCUCAGACAGUGGUUCUCUGUGUGGGAUGCUCAACUGUGUUGUGUCAGCCAAAAGGAGGAAAGGCCAGACUGACCGAAGGUUGCUCUUUCAGGAGAAAGCAGCAUUAACACACUCAUCAUGUCUGUAAUCAAGUCUCGCUGUUGAUAAAUGCCUUAAUUUUCAAAUGAUUGCUAUGUGCAAAAAGUAAUCACAGCCACCACCACGUUACAGAUGUACAACUUUUUAGGAUAAGAUGUAUAACUAUCUAAACUUUUAAUUUGUAAGAUACGAGAAAUACAUUUCACUUGUUCAAUAAAGAAAGCAUUGUUAAAGUUAAA